CAUAAGAAAAAAAGCUCUCUAACUGCUCUCCAGCUGAACGAAACCAGCGUGUGAAACCUUUAUUUGUUUCUCGGUGCCUCAUGGGAGCUGAUUUUAUCCUUAAAUUAGACUUUGCUUUAGUCAGGGAGUCCAGUCCAAACACAAACCACUGAGCUCAGACUGUUUGUAUCACCGAGACACCGUGUAACGCUGCUACAACCGUUGGCAGCAUCUGUUAGCAGCAGCUAGCCUAGCUUAGCGAGCUAACCGGCAGACCGGUCAGGUUAACGUCAGUCGACCGGCCGUGAGAGAGCUUUAAAGGUGGUCCGUUAAUGAUUAGCGGAACAGAUGAUUGCGCAGCAGUGACCUGAUGCAAGGGACACUUCAAGUAUCCGGCUGUUAAGAAACCCAGCGUUUGCAUUAAGCUACCAUAAACGGUGAGAUUAAUACUGAAGCUAACAGUAGCUAGCCGGAGCGCUACGUAGCUCAACCCAGGUGCUUCUAGAGUCUCUGCGAGGUGCUUCGGGACCAGUACAAGAGAUGGCAAGCAACGGGGAAAGCACACCGGCUCCAGGGUCCGGUUCUGGACACUCACGUCGCCACCAGUCCGAGUCAGAGUCCGACGCCGACCCGAUUGCCAAAAGCCUAGCAGGGCUGUGCAGCAGGGACGAGGAGGAGCGAGCAGCGGCUCUGGAGGAGCUCAGCCAGGGGGUUCAGGUGUGUUUGGAGCUGACCCGGCCCGGUUCGGCACGGCUGGGGAAACAAACACUCCUACAGCUGCUUCGGCUGUCCCGGUCCUGUCCGCUGCAGGAAGUACAGAACAGGGCAAGUGAGCUGCUGCGAACUGCACAGGAACAAGGAGUUGAAGUACCUCGGGCUUUAGCAUCGGGUCCAAGUGCCUUUAUUCCUGCAAAAGUGAUGUUAAAAGACCCUGGGCCAGACCAGGACAUCCUUAUCGAAUCUUUCCUUUCCUUGGGUCGCGUGGACCACAUCACCAUGGUGAUGGCGCUGCACCCUGCCUACCUAAGUUGCUUCCUGAGGACUCAGCAUGCUUUGUUGGAAAUGGACGGCCCCUUGCCCCGUCACUGGAGACAUUACAUUGCUGUUAUGGCUGCGGCCCGUCACCAUUGCUUGUACCUGGUGCAGCAGCACAGCGCGGGCUUCCUCGAGGCCGGAGGGGACGAGAGCUGGCUCAGCGGCCUCAAGCACGCUCCACCCAAACUCCGCAGCCUGCAAACACUCAACAAGCUGCUGGCACACAGACCCUGGCUCAUCACACAGCAGCACAUCCAGGAGCUGGUGUGUCCUGGAGCAGAGCCUCGCUGGUCAUUGGCUGAACUCAUAAAUGUCGUGGUCCUCAUGGCACACGCACACUCACUCUCUUCGUUUGUCUGGGGCUGCGGCUUGAACCCUGAACCCGACCAUAUUGGGGGUUAUACCUACCAGCUUCCAUCACCCAGUCACCUUCCUCGGAGCCCUCACAGCCCUCACAGCCCUCAUAGCCCUGCUCAUGAGGACGGCAGGCAAGAGUUGGUUGAAGGAGCGAUGGAGGUGGAGGUGUUGAUGCAGAGGAUGGUGGAGCUGCAGCAGCAGGAAGAGGAGUGCACACAGGAGGAGAUGGUUACCCGCUUUGAGAGGGAGAGGAGCGAGAUCAUACCAACUGCGGUGGUGCGGGGAGCACCACCUGACCUGGUGCUGCGGCUGGUGGAGGAUCCAGAGUUCAGAUACGAGGACUUUGCCCCCAGAGGAGAGCAGGCCCCACCCACCAUGAGAGCACAGGAUUACUCAUGGGAGGACCACGGCUUCUCUCUGGUCAACAGACUUCUACCAGACAUGGGCCAGCUCCUGGAUGAAAAAUUCCAGGUUGUGAGCAACCUGACCUAUCACAGGAUGGCCAUGCACGAAGGUGUGGACACUCACACUCUGAGAAAAGCUCUGUGGAACUACAUCCACUGUCUGUACGGGAUACGCUACGACGAUUACGACUACGGCAGCGUGAACGUGCUGUUAGAGCGCUCCCUGAAGCUGUUUGUUAAAACCAUGGCCUGUCACCCCGAGCAGACCACCGCACGCAUUUACCACGCCUUCUGGAGACACUUCAGACACUCCGAAAAGGUUCAUGCAAACCUUAUAGUGAUGGAAGCACGGCUACAAGCAGCCCUUCUCUACACCUUACGAGCCAUCACACACUACAUGAGAUGACACGCUCACUCAUGUUAUUGCAGAUGCUGAGCCAGCUGUGAUGUAUCACAGCCCAAUACAUAACAUUGAUAGACAAUCUCACACAUACACACGCACACAAACACACACACACACAUCACACACUACAGUGAAUGUCUCUUUAUGCAUAUCUUGUGUUUCAGUGUUAAUGUUCUGAUGCUGCUUUGCGACUGGAAUAUUUGAUAUUUAAGAUUUGUUACUUAUGUUGCACUGAAGAUUAUCAGGUUCUGUUUCCUCCACUUGAGCCUCAAGUGUUGUUGUGAAUAUCUUGCACGUGCUUCUGUCACACCCGGACAU